CAUGUAAUAAGUUUGAAAACAUUCCUUAGGUUCUUUAGUUCAAAGUUGGGUUCGAAAACUUCAUUUUUGCCUAAAUAUGACCCAAGGAAACAAGUAAAGUAGUGAUUUAUAAUUGCACUUACAUGUAAAAUAUUCUUUGCAUUUACAUGUGUAAACAAAGUAUAUAUAAUUGCAUAUUUUAUCGAAUGUGUAGUGCUUUUCGGAGUUACAAGAGACUAAGUGGACAAUCUAAGGGAACUAAAUUAACAUGGAUUCCAGCACAGUGUGCUCAACAACCGGGAUCACUAGAUUGUGGCUACUACGUCAUGCGUUUUAUGUACGACAUAAUAAUGAAUCAUGGUAAUAGUCAAGAUCUUACUAAGGAUUUUUCAAGAACAUUGUCUUAUUCACCGGAGGAGAUUAAUGAGGUGAAAGAUUUUUGGGCAGAUUACUUCAUGAACAAUGUCGAAAUUUUAGCUUAAUUUGUAAUAUGAACUCGAUCUCUAGCUAGCUACCUUUGUUGUAAUAAUUUUAUGUUUGUUGUAACAUGUUGGUUGAUCUAUGACGAAUUUAAUUGCCUUUUA